UUACGCCCAUGGGAAGCAAGCACGUUCACUUCGUCAGCAAAGUUAUCAUGAAAUACGCUAUAAAACUGGCAAUUUAUACCUGAAUUACAACUGUUCAUCUGAUGGUUCGAUGGCGUGUUGAUUCCUUCUGGAGGCGUGAUUGGUGUUCCUUGUCGGUGUGAUGAUGGCGCGCGGCUUGUGGGCUGUGCUCCGGAUGGUGUCCUGUGAGGGACCAGCCUUGUUGAAGCCAGUCGUACCUGUAUCAAGUGGAAGCAGUAUAAAACAUCGUCGAUUCCUCCCCGCAUCUAUUUCCUUUAGAUAUUUCUCAAGACAAGCGAAAGAUCUGCGUGCUGCUGCAAGGAUGCCUGAAAUAAACACGGAUAAUCUGGACGAGAAGCAGGUGAAACUUCUUGCAGAGAUGUGCAUCCUCAUCGAUGAGAAUGACCAUAAAACAGGAGCGGAUAGCAAAAAAAAUUGCCACCUUAAUUCGAAAAUUGACAAAGGUUUACUGCAUCGUGCCUUUAGCGUAUUCCUGUUCAACAGUGAGGACAAGCUCCUUUUACAACAAAGAUCGGAUGCGAAGAUCACCUUUCCAGGGUGUUUUACCAACACCUGCUGCAGCCAUCCUUUACAUACAGUAAGUGAAUUGGAGGAGCAGGACGCAAUUGGGAUAAGGAGAGCGGCACAAAGACGACUUGAAGCAGAGCUGGGAAUCCCCAUGAAUCAGGUGCCUCCAGAGGAGAUGACCUACCUGACCAGGAUCCAUUACAAAGCCCAGUCAGAUGGGGUCUGGGGCGAGCAUGAAAUCGACUACAUCCUGUUCAUGCAGAAGGACGUGGAGGUGAACCCAGACCCCAAUGAGAUCCAGAGCCACUGCUAUGUCACCAAGGAGGAACUGAAGGAGAUGCUGGAGAAGGCCAAGAGAGGAGAGCUGCUGAUCACACCCUGGUUUAGCUUGAUCGCCCAAACUUUCCUCUUUAAGUGGUGGGACAACCUGCAGAACUUAAAGCAGUUCAUGGACCAUGACAAGAUCCACCGCAUGUGAUUGAUAAUCAUGUUUUUGUUGUUAGUGUAGAGCCCUGUUGAAAUAAUGUCAACAUGCAUAUUUCAUCCAACACUUCUAUGAGAUGAACUCACUUCAAGGAUGUAUUGCAAGACUUCAAACGUAGCCUACCUGUGAAGGUUUCUCUUAACGUUGCCUCAACAUGGACUAUACAGGAGCUCUUAAAAAUUCAGUUUGUGUAGAUUUGUUUUUCAGUUAUCCAUUAAUUGAUCAGAAUACAGGACUAAAAGUGGUUAUUAUGCUGUAUUGGGAGAUAUGACAUUGCUAGCUUCUUGUACUAGUUAUAUAGCAUAUUUUUGUAAGGCUGUAUAAAGUGCCUGAACCUGACGACCUGUAAGGAAUGCUAUUUGUUAGUCUACUGUUACCAGGAUUUACACCACACUGUAUAAUAGUUUAAAAUUAUGUAAAUUAUUUUGCUUAUUAAAACUUAAAU